UGGAGCGACUGUAGCUGUGGGAGGGGUGGGGGUGGGGGGUGUCCAUCUGAGAGCUGUUCCAGAGUCUCUCAGUAGUCUACAUCCUCACAGUGCGUCCUCUCCUCCUGUCGGUCUCCAUCCGGAUAACCAAGUCCUCUUCUCUGCUCUGCUGAGAGCCAGGCAACAAACGCAACCAUGGAGGCCAUCAAGAAGAAAAUGCAGAUGCUGAAGCUGGAUAAGGAGAAUGCGAUAGACCGGGCAGAGCAAGCAGAGGUUGACAAGAAGGGAGCCGAGGACAAAUGCAAACAGCUGGAGGAGGAGCUGCUGGGCCUGCAGAAGAAACUCAAAGGAGUAGAAGAUGAGCUGGACAAAUACUCUGAGUCUCUGAAGGACGCCCAGGAGAAGCUGGAGCAAGCAGAGAAAAAGGCAACGGAUGCGGAGGCAGAAGUGGCGUCUCUGAAUAGGCGCAUCCAGCUGGUAGAAGAGGAGUUGGACCGAGCUCAGGAGAGGCUAGCUACUGCUCUACAGAAGCUGGAGGAGGCAGAGAAAGCUGCAGAUGAAAGCGAGAGAGGAAUGAAGGUGAUAGAGAACAGAGCAACAAAAGAUGAAGAGAAAAUGGAAAUCCAGGAGAUGCAGCUCAAGGAGGCCAAACACAUUGCUGAAGAGGCGGACCGUAAAUAUGAAGAGGUUGCACGUAAACUGGUGAUUCUGGAGGGAGAUCUGGAACGCUCAGAGGAGCGUGCUGAGGUGGCUGAGGCGCGGGUCAGGGAGCUUGAACAGGAGCUCAGGCUUAUGGACCAGAAUUUGAAGUUGAUGAUGUGCGGUGAGGAAGAGUACUCACAAAAAGAGGACAAAUAUGAAGAAGAGAUUAAAGUGCUUACAGAGAAGCUGAAGGAGGCUGAAACCCGGGCAGAGUUUGCAGAAAGGUCUGUGGCUAAGCUGGAGAAGACAAUUGAUGAUCUAGAAGAGAAGCUGGCCCAGGCCAAAGAAGAGAACCUGGAUAUGCACCAGGUGUUGGAUCAAACGCUGCAGGAGCUCAACAAUCUAUAGAGGCUCCCGCCGCUGGAUGAAGGAACACCUGAAGGACCGGAGCACAGCACCGCUUCCUCUGCACCCGCUCUAACAACACGAACCAUCAUUUUCACUGUCAACUAAGAAUCAUUUUUUGUGGCCCUUGUUUCAGAUCAAACUGUCUUCUCUAGUAUAAAUACAAGAUAGUUUUAAGUCAGUAUGAAGCUUUUGUUUAAAAUUAUAUAAUGCAGUCAAGUAAAUUCUCCAAUAUAAUAACGUAACAUUCAAAGGCACAAUUUUUAAAACAAAUGUUUCAGAUCUGUAUCUCUCAUUUAAAAUCAGCUGUUUCCUUUGCAGUUAUAUUCGUAUAUUUAGAUGUUGAUAUUUGUAUUAAAAUAAUAAAGAAAUAAAAAACCACUGGCCUCAAUAGACCAGUACGGUUUUGUCAUAUCUGGAUAAAUUAAUCACAAAAGGAGAACAUUUAUCCAAUACUUGAUUAUGAAGAUUAAUAUCAGUGAUGACCAACCACCACUCAUAAGCAACACAUAUUUAUACACAGACACAUUAAUUACAAAAGGAUAGAAGUAAAAAUACGUUAAAAACCUGAUAGAGCAAAAUAAUUUUAUUCUGGAACCAAAUAACAAAAACUUGUUUGUUUUUAUAUUUCUCUGCUCUUCCUGUUUACCUGUCAGAACUUCCAAAUCUUCUUGGUGUUUCAUGGCAAAAACCUUGUUUAGCUUCUAAUGACAUUGGUCAAAUUAGAUGAAUUAGUCAAUGUAUACGUUAUUGUCAAUUCACCAUUGACAAUAAAAGACUACAAGGACUUAUAUUACUUGCCAUCCCCAGUAAAACUAAUAACUUAAAAACAUCACAUGAUAAAAACUGAUUAAUUUUCUGUUUCCACAUCUUCAAAUAUGUGUGCAAUUUGUGAGUUUGUUUUGUUGGAUAUGAACUUGUGUUCUAAUAAAAUAAUCUAUAAAAAGACA